UUUUGUUCAUUGCUAGAGUGGAAAAUGUGGUGAGAAGCAGCUUCCCUAUUCUGACAGGCUACAGUCACAGUCAACACUUUACUUAUCUGACAGAAGUUAAGAACAGCCACGCAGCAGCACUAUAUGACAGGGCUGUACUAUAAACAUGCUAAUAAAGUCAAUUAUUAAAGGCUGAGUUAAAGGCAGCAAAUGUAUGGAUAUAUUGAACGCUCGUAAACUGGCUCAUUUGGAAAUUAGUUUGAAUAAUGGGUAAUAUGCCGGCGAUACUGAAGUCUAGAGAGGACUUCGUACAGACUACGACCACUGCCAAUCUUCCAUCAAACGUAAGUGAAAAGGAGCCAGCAGUGGUGUUGAGUGACUAUCCUCCCCCGGAAAUUUGCGAGCCCCUGUUCAGGACAGGAGACUGGCUGAGACUCAUUUCUGAAGAGGGCUACUGGGUGAAGGUUUACUCUCUCCAGACAAGAGAGGAAAACUACAUCCCACGCUGUCAUGUAGCUAAGGUUUACCAUGGGUGGUUGUUUGAAGGUGUUGCACGACAAAAAGCUGAAGAGCUGCUUCAGCUGCCUGGGAACAGAGUCGGGUCUUUUAUGGUCAGAGAGAGCAGAAGAGGUGUGUAUAGCUUGUCUGUGCGCCAAAGAGCUAUAGUGCAUUACCGGAUACGCCGUCUGCCAAACAACUGGUACUUCAUUUCUCCACGGCUAACGUUCCAGUGCCUAGAGGACCUGGUCAACCACUACUCUGACAUAGCAGAUGGUCUGUGUUGUAUACUGACUGGUCCUUGCCUGGCAGCGCCUGACCCAGCACGCAUCUCUCAGUCUGCUCCUAUACUGAGACCUCACAGCAUUAACUGGAUGACAGUGGACAGAAUGGAGCUUGACCAGCAGAAUACCACUGGCGCCUCUGCACAACGGGAAUCUUACAUCAGUGCUGGAUUGCAGGACAGUGUAUCAUCCUAUCUCUCUCUGGCAGGAGUGGAAGAGAAAAAUAGGCAUAGCAGGAAGAGGAAGAAGUGGAGAUCUAUCAACACAUUUUCAAGUCAACGUAUGUACAGUGCGGUUACAGAGGAAGAGGACAACGAGGAGGACUAUUAAACAAAAAGAACAAAACAAUCAUAAGUAAAAUCUAUACGCCAAAUAGACACAUCUAAGGAAUACGUUUCUUUUCUUUCUAUAGUUUAGGAGGACAACUUGACGUUGUCGCUUAAACAAAUGAAGUAUUUUGCUCAAACUGUUGCACCAUUUUCACACAGUUUCCCACCGUCUGCUCCUUACUACCAAAGAUGGACAAAGAAUAUUUAUUCUUGUACUUUGUCCUUUAUCUUGCGUACCAUCCUCUCAUUAUUCACGCACUUACCAUAAGCAAAGCCUGGUGGAACAGAGAUGAGGAAGAGGGUGAGGCCAGAUGAAGGCUGGCGAUGUCAGCACCAUUUCUGUCUGCUCCCACUGUCACUCUUGUGGGGUCUCCUCCGAAAAGAGCGAUGUUCUCCUGUACCCACCCCAGUGCCGCUGCCUGGUCCUGCAGCCCAUAGUUCUCAGAAAGAGUACUGGAACCUGUAAACAUGAAGCUAUGUGAACUAUAAGGCUGUGAAUGAGUUUUUACAAUCCAGUCAUCUGUAACUAAUGGAUACCAUAGUUAACAGUAGAAGUCAAAAUCUGUGUUAUUACACCAUAAGAGUCCACACUAAAAUUUGCACCUAAAGUGUAGUAUUCUUCAAAGAUUAGAAAGUUAGUGUUGUCUGGAACAGACUAGCUUCUUACUAUGUAAUUAAAUAAAUAUGAUUAAAAAAAUAAAGCUAUAUAUUAAAAA